AUGGCGGCUUCGGCACCUUCCUCCUCCGCCGGCGAACCGGAUCCCAACUCGACAAAUUUACGACCACCGUCCACAAGUUAUGAUGCAUGGUGCGGCGUAGCACACGGCUGUACGAAAAAGCUGGGGAUGAAGAUAUGUGGCUUCCUUCAAAAGAACAAUAGUCUGGAGGAGAAGAGUCGCAUCGUCAGCGCCCUCAAGGAACAGUCCUCCAGAAAUCAGCUGGAGAACAGCGAGCAAGGUGGCCACUUCAGGCGCACCGAGACAGAUUUCUCCAAUCUCUUUGCUCGGGAUCUAUUGCCUGCCAAAAAUGGCGAGGAGCCCACCAUGCAGUUCUUGCUGGAGGUGGUGGAGAUCCUAACUAACUAUGUCCGCAAGACCUUCGACAGAUCCACCAAAGUGCUGGACUUCCACCAUCCGCACCAGCUGCUUGAGGGCAUGGAAGGCUUCAACCUGGAGCUCUCAGACCAACCCGAGUCACUCGAACAGAUUCUGGUGGACUGCCGAGACACACUCAAGUACGGCGUACGAACAGGUCAUCCUCGGUUCUUCAACCAGCUGUCCACUGGGCUGGACAUCAUCGGCCUCGCAGGAGAAUGGCUGACAUCUACUGCCAACACCAACAUGUUCACGUACGAGAUUGCUCCUGUCUUUGUGCUGAUGGAGCAACUCACUCUGAAGAAGAUGAGAGAGAUGAUUGGCUGGCCGAACGGAGAGGGGGACGGCAUAUUCUCACCUGGGGGCGCCAUAUCCAACAUGUACAGUGUGAUGAUUGCACGUUACAAGUACUUCCCAGAGGUCAAAACCAAAGGCAUGUCUGCCGCGCCGCGAUUGGUCCUCUUCACCUCAGAACAUAGCCACUAUUCCAUCACCAAAGCCGGGGCAGCUCUGGGAUUUGGCAAGGAGAACGUCAUUCUGCUGCGCACAGACGAGAGGGGGCGCGUCAUCCCAGCUGACCUGGAGGCCAAGAUCCUGGACGCCAAGCAGAAGGGUUAUCAUCCCCUGUUUGUGAACGCCACUGCGGGCACCACUGUGUACGGCGCUUUCGACCCCAUCAACGAGAUUGCUGACAUCUGCGAGAAGUACAACCUCUGGCUGCACGUGGACGGUGCAUGGGGAGGUGGACUGCUCAUGUCCAGGAAGCAUCGCCACAAGCUGAGUGGUGUCGAGAGGGCCAACUCGGUCACAUGGAACCCUCACAAGAUGAUGGGCGUUCCACUGCAGUGCUCCGCCAUCUUGGUCAGGGAGAAGGGCAUCCUCUCAGGCUGCAACUCCAUGUGUGCUGGCUACCUGUUCCAGCCCGACAAGCAGUACGACGUGACCUAUGACACGGGGGACAAGGCCAUCCAGUGCGGACGCCACGUUGACAUCUUCAAGUUCUGGCUCAUGUGGAAGUCCAAGGGAACAAUUGGGUUUGAGCAGCACAUUGACAAGUGCUUGGACCUGUCCACGUACCUCUACAACAAAAUCAAGAAUCGCGAGGGUUACGAGAUGGUCUUUGAGGGAGAGCCCCAGCACACUAACGUGUGUUUCUGGUACCUUCCACCUGGCAUGAGAGACAUGCCCGCCGGAGACGAACGCCGGGAGAGGCUGCACAAGGUGGCGCCCAAGAUCAAGGCGAUGAUGAUGGAGUGUGGCAGCACCAUGGUGGGCUACCAGCCGCAGGGCCAGAAGGUCAACUUCUUCCGCAUGGUCAUCUCCAACUACGCCGCCACCCAGUCCGACAUCGACUUCCUCAUCGACGAGAUCGAGAGGCUCGGGCACGACCUGUGA